AUGCAGAUUUUUUGCAUAUUUUUUAUAAUAAUAUCAACAAAUGGCGAGAAAAGGUUUGAAAAGAUUGAAAAGUGUAACUCGAGUGGGAAAACAUCUCAAGUUGUGCGAUGUGAUAUCGCUGAUGGAGCUUUAAAUCUUAUUGGAGAAAUCAUCAAGCCGUUGAAGUACUUGAACCAAACAUUUUGCUUCUUUAUUUCAUCAAAUGGGAAGUUCCGAAAAAUUAGUGAUUGCCUUAAAAUGAACUGGUGUGACGUCACAGACCCGAAAUUCUCUCUAAAUCCAUUCCAAAUGAAAGUGAUAAAAAUGUUGAAAGUUGGUGCGAAGCAGUUAUUCAAGCCAUGUCCGAUAGCUCCUGAAAGGAUUGAACUAAUAAAUUAUCGAGUUAAUGAGGAAUAUUUAAAGUUUCUGCCAAGAGGAGUGGUUAAAGGAACUGCUCAUUUUUUUAAUGAUGAAGAUGAAAAUGUUUUUACAAUGAUUGGAUAUUUGGUUUUUACUUAG